GCUCUGCACGAGUGACGGACGCCCGGCUUCACGGCCGGCGAUUUUAGUAUUCUUCGUUUAUUUUCUUUUUCUAUUCGUUUAAUUUGUGAAACACCCCGGUAACAUGAAACGAGUGUCCCGCGAGUGAGUACCCAGUGUUCAAAAUAUACCGGUGUUUGUUUUGACAGUGUCACGUGCGGAACCGAAUUGUUACCGGUUCCCGAGUUUCGAAAAGUGUUUAUAUACGCACGCGGCCUUCACUUGCAGGUAGAGCCGAAUGUGAUAGUGUAAAGUUUACCGAAUUAUAAGAUUUACAAGCGGUGCGAAGAGUUCUCGUGGGAACGCGCGGAGUUCAGUGUUCGUGAACGCAAAGUUCGCACGGAUUUGUUCCAAUAGGAUUCCGCUCAGAAACUAGUGGUGAAGUUACAAGUUUACGACAUAACCUUUCGAACGAGGCGCGUGUUGCACAGGCAUGCGCAGUUCAGGUCUCUAAAAUUAAUAAUAGAGGCUCAUAAUUUUAUAAACAAACCGUGUGCGUGUCGAGUGGAAGUGUAGUGCCGCGCCGCUAACUAGCGACGCACGACUCGCCGGCGCGCGACAUUCGCAAACAUUUGAAAAUCGGAGAUUAACCGUUCACCUGUGGGAAUUGGUGUUUUACCUGCGCGCGCACUGAACUUCUUUACAAAGGUUGGCGCAACUAUGAUGUCCUGCCCUCUCCCGCUGCCGCUACUGCCGGCCCUGCAUCCCCAGCCUGCGCUCGCCUCAGACUUCCCUAUCCACAUUGGAAUAAAGGUGAGUGAAUCUUCACUACUUGAGUGCAGCAACGGGCGCUACAUUGCGUCCGAAACGGUACUACUUGAAACUGCUGAUGCCGCUAUGUUAGUCGAGAGAGGCUCCGACGAGCUUCUGUCGCAGAGUGGCGUCACCGUCAUGGCGCCCGCCGCUCCGCACCACGCCGACAACAACAACCAAGACUCUGCCGCCAAAAAGGUGAAACUGGAACAGAAUGUGGGCAAGCCAUCGCGCGUCAUCCACAUACGAAACAUACCCAACGAGACGACAGAGGCCGAGAUCAUACAGCUUGGCCUGCCCUUCGGCCGAGUCACCAACGUGCUCGUCCUUAAAGGAAAGAAUCAGGCCUUCCUCGAGAUGGCGGAGGAAAUAUCCGCGGUGGCGAUGGUGGCGUACUUCGGCGGGUGCGUGGCGCAGCUGCGUGGGCGCGCCGUCUACGUGCAAUUCUCCAACCACAAGGAGCUCAAGACGGACCAGACGCACAGUAACGCCUCGGCGUCGGCGCAAGCAGCGCUACAGGCCGCGCAAGUGAUCUCCAACAGCGCGGGGGCGGCGCUCGUGGCCGGCGCAGGCGCCGCGCUGCAGCCCGCCAACGGCGGCACUGAAAUACAGGGUGGCCCCAACACAGUUUUGCGAGUUAUCAUAGAACACAUGCUCUACCCCAUAGUGCUCGACGUGUUAUACUCCAUCUUCCAGCGAUACGGAAAGGUGCUCAAAAUUGUCACCUUCACCAAAAACAAUUCAUUCCAAGCCCUCAUCCAAUACCCAGACACCGUAUCAGCGCAAACAGCAAAAACGGCCCUAGACGGACAAAACAUUUACAAUGGAUGCUGCACUCUCCGCAUCGACUAUUCAAAGAUGACCUGCCUUAAUGUGAAAUACAACAAUGAUAAGUCCCGGGACUACACCAAUCCGACGUUGCCGUCCGGCGACGGCGACGCCCACCAGCUGUUGACCAGUGGUGGCGUACUUGCUCCGCCGUUCCUCGGCCUUGGCUCCGGUCUGGCGUCGCCGUACGGCGUCGGCGUCGGCGGCGUGGGGCUGCCGGCGUUCGGCGCGCUCACGUUGACGCCCGCAUCCCCUGCGCUGCGCGCCCUAGCCGCGCCGCCACUACCUCUUGCCACUGUGCUACUCGUAUCCAAUCUCAACGAAGAGAUGGUCACGCCUGACGCUCUCUUUACCCUUUUCGGCGUGUACGGCGAUGUGCAGCGAGUGAAGAUACUCUACAAUAAGAAGGAUUCUGCUCUCAUUCAAAUGGCUGAGCCACAUCAGGCUCAUCUAGCCCUGACUCAUAUGGACAAGCUGCGCGUAUUCGGGAAGGCCAUGCGCGUGAUGCUGAGUAAGCACCAAACUGUACAGCUGCCGAAGGAAGGACAACCGGACGCUGGUCUCACGAGGGACUAUUCGCAGAGCCCCCUCCACAGAUUUAAAAAACCUGGCAGCAAAAACUACCAGAACAUUUACCCGCCAAGCGCCACGCUGCAUCUAUCCAACAUUCCCGCCACAGUCUCCGAGGAAGAUAUCAAAGAAGCUUUCACAAAACGAGGCUUCACAAUCAAGGCGUUCAAGUUUUUCCCUAAGGACCGCAAAAUGGCGCUGGUGCAGCUGCCGUCCAUCGACGACGCGGUGGCCGCGCUCAUCAAGAUGCACAACUACCAGCUGUCCGAGUCCAACCAUCUCCGGGUCUCCUUCUCAAAGUCCAGCAUUUAAACGGACCGAUUCGGAAUAUCACACAAUCUCUGUCAGUCGCGUCCUAUCCGGAUAUCAUUAAACAACUCGCUGAAUGUUUCAGAGACUCUUGGAUGCGUAGGAUAAGCGACUGUCAAUUAAACUGAACCUCUCACUCAACUCGAGAAUUUCCCUCGACUGAAAAUUACAAAGUAAUCUGUAUUACGCUUACUCGGAUCAGUUUAGAGGAAUAAGUGCUACUCUAUUUUCUUAGUGAAUACGUACAUUUAAUAUUACUGCAAACGUUAAUCUAAGAUACAUUCAUCACACGACUUCAAAUGGCAGCUAUAUAUGCUUUUUAUUGUUUUAGAAGCGACUCCGAUUAUGUUCCUACCGACCCUGAGAGGAUGCCUAUUUUGUGUGAUAUUCAUUCCAUAAUUUUAAUAAUCAUAAUUUUAUUUCAAUAAUGUCUUCAUGAUUUCCAUUUGAUAUUUGUAAUUUGCGUAAAUCAAUUUAUCAACAAUAUCUAUUUUGCAAUUAGAUUGCGCUAGAUUUAUUUAAAGUUUGUCGAAAUGGACCCUUUUAUCGCGAUGUCAGACAUUGCUUUCGUUAAUUCAUGGUUGUUUUAUUCAGGCAGCUAAUUUAUAUUAUAUCUAUCGCUUUAAAGUAUAUUUUGUCAUGUUACAAUAUUAUAGAAAGCACAUUGUUGUAUGGGAAUUUUCAAUGUAUAAUUAUUAUUUGCAGUUAUUAUUCUAAUAUUAUAUUUUAUGUAUAAAAACAUGAUUUAUUUUAACAUGCACAAUUUACUAUUAUUGCAUUUCUUUGUAAGUGAAUAAUUAUAGUUUUGUACACAUACACAUUUUGUUACUAUUGGAAAUUUACAUUUAUAAAUGUGUAUGUGUUUGCAAUAUUAGGUUUAAAGAUAAUUUUAGUAAUGUUCUUAGAUUUGAUCGUCUACGUGUUACUGAUGCUUCCAUACUCGUUCGUGUUUCGUUGUCUACAGCGACGCCCUGUUCUGUUUCAAUAGUCGUUCUCGAUUAGUUAGUGUAAUCACGACUCUUAUAGCUAAGCAUCUAGUUGGUAUAUCACUAUGUAUAACGUUAUGUUCAUCGACAUAAUAGUGACAUGAUGCAUUUAUUUUGAUGUUAGUUUAAUAUUAGCUACAACAUACUAUAAAUGCUCGUGCAUACAGUUAACGGUAGAUAAUUAAUUAUUUAUUUGCCUAGAGAGCCGUACGCGCGGUGUGGGGGAUACUACGAUAACGUAUUUUUUAGAAUAAUUUUCAGUAUAAUUUGAUAAGUGUGUCGCCACACUGCGACGGCGAUGGUCGAGAAUAUAUUCGAGAUCUGAUUUGCUUUUUCUCUAGCAUAUUAAAUGAGCAGUAUUCACACUAGGGCACAAUAACUUGUUAUACAGUAUUAGUUAAAUAACUCCCCCCUGAUUACUUUAUUUUUGUACAUAAACAUUCAAACUUUCAUGACUUGGCUUUUCAAACUUCUUGGACUCGUGCUUGAUUGGUUUUCACACAUCUUUGCCUUCUUAAAUUAAUACAUAUGCGUCUAGUCCAAUGCAAAAGAGAUUAAGUUUGUGGAUUAAGUAAUUAUAUGUCGAGAAACCAUGUCAACGAUUGUCUCAAAUUAUUCGAGGUUAGUCUGGUACGAAAAGCUUUGAAAAAAUAAUAUUUAUAAUAAUUAUGGUCAUUGAGCAAUGCCCAGUGAAACAUGAUGCUCUAAUUGUAGGACCAGCUUUAAGUGUUCAGUUACACGUCCAGUAUAUGAUUAGGCAAAGCAUGCGUGAAACAGAUACCUGAAUUAUGAAAAAUAAGGAUCGGCGACGUCGCUACAAUACACCUACUAUCGCAGAUUUUGCCGACAAAAUAAAUACACUUAAAGAGUAUGUACACGUGUACAGACAUAGUUAAACGUUUGCCACGAGUCAGGUGAAAUUAGGCAUUAUGUCAAUGUCAUAAGACUUGAACAUAUGCAAUUAUUGGUCAUUUUAUCCACCUGAGGACAUCUUGGUGGCAUUAUAAUGAAAUGAAAUAGAAAUUUGAAAUUUAGCGAUAGGGAAACGAGGGGCACACUAGAUGGUGAACAAAAAUAUAUAAUCGGGGUGCAAUCAGACUUGUUUUAAUGAAGUACCUAGUCCAAGUGUCACAAAAAGUUGCAGUGAUUUCGUGGCCGCGUCGUCAUAAGAUUAGUAAUGCUGUAGUUAUCAGAAAGCACCUGUUUGCAAGAAAUGGAGCCGAUAUGUUUGAGCGAUGUCAUGUCGAAGCUUGAAAUGGCUGCCACUUGGUUAGUUCGCCGGUCACUCAACGUAUCCCUUCCAGAGUCAAAGAAAAUUAAAUAGUUCUUUUAUUUUAGAAAGCAUAUUCAGUCAUUUAUAAUUAUAAAACAAACAUAUUUACACUAUUUUAAAAUGUAUCGUUAUACAUCACGUAACAUAAAUAAGGAUAAAAAUAGAGCUUAGUAAGAUGAUUAAACUGAAAAAUAUUAGAAUGUCAUUACGAUGUAAGUUUUACUAGAAAAAUUUAAUCAUACAAAUUGUAUUAUUCAGUACGUAUGAUAAGGAUUGUAAAAGUAGUUAUUUGGUUUAGAUAAUGUUAGGUGACCAGGGUGUGGUGAUAUUUUGCACGUUUUUGAAAAUGUUUUUCUACAGGGUGCAGAAUUCAGAAAUUGUGCGCUCUUGUUUAAAAUGAGAUUAAAGCGGUUGCGACUGGUGGUGGUCUGCUGGGCGAGAACGGUAUCGCAUUUGUAUUUAAAUAUUAUAAUUACUUAUUAAAUAAACAUUAUCACAACAAGGAGAUUACAUAUCCAUUGUAUUCAGCGUAGAACGCUACACACAUCGCGUGCUCUGUCGCAGGAUAUCCGUUUCGUCGCGUAGAUUCAUUGUCCACGGUAUUCAUUGCUUCUGCUCAAUCCGUAGAUAUCAGUAAGUAAUAUAUUUAAAAUGUGUGUAGCGUUUUCAGGCCUAAUCUUUUCUCAAUAACAUUGGUAUUGACUAAUAGAUAAUUAUAGGUAUUUUUGUGUUUAGAGAAGUAUUUUAAAUAUUUAGAUAAUACGGUAAUAUUAUUAAAAAUAAGAAAUAGAUCAGUGUUUAGAACGAGAUGCCAAAUUUAAAGUCAAUACACAUUAUUUUAGGUAAAAGGUAAUUGAAGUAAUCUUAACAUUUAUUAAAAAGUUGAUGAAAAUGUUAAAGUUAAAUUAUAUUUGAGAGUUUUAUUAAGCGCAAUUUUUCAUUGUAAGCGAACAUUGUUUCAAUUUGUUGGUUAAAGUUAUGCGUUGAAAAAGAUGUGAAAGUUGUUUUCCGACUGUCGUCUCUGUGUUCACCCUCUUGCGUUACGAGCAAAACCAUUUCAACAUAUCUCUGCAUAUCAUUCUUAUUAUACCUAAUUUUAUUGCGCUUUAUAUAUAUCUCUUAAGCUGUACUUGUUUGAAGUACCUACGUACACGUUUCUUAAAAUUAUAUGAAAUGCCAACAUAUCAAUUAAUAGAAAUUUGGCUAAGGCGCAUCUUAUACACUUUCAAAGCUCGGCUCUGCAGCUGGGAGCUGCGCGGGAGCACCGCUUGCAACCUCAAGCGUCGCUCCAUUAUACUUACCUAUAUAAGAAUUCGUCACUUCUAUUUUUCUUAUUUUAAUGUUAAGCCUCAUGUGUGUUUAAUUUCUUUCUUAUUUUUAAUUUCGUAAUUAAACAAUAUUAUCAAUAAUA